CCUGUGCUCGUGGAGCGGAAGGUCUGGGCUCCGGUCUCAGAGACAGCCACGAUGAAACCUAGACCUGCAGGUUUCGUGGAUAAUAAGCUCAAGCACCGCGUUAUCCAGUACCUCACCAGUAACAGAUGUGGCAAAUAUGUGGACACUGAAGUCUUAGCAUCUGAUCUGCAAAGAAUGUACAGUAUAGACUACGGGCGAAGAAAAAAAAAUGCUUUUAGGAUUCAGGUGGAAAAAGCCUUUAACAUAAUUGGCAAUGAGAAGGAAUUUAAGAAUCUGACAGAAUUAGAAGAUGAACAUAGAGCAAAAAGAGCAAGACGGGAUGAAGAGGAUAAGGAGUAUACUGAAAGCUAUUCUGAUGAUGAUUCAGAUAUGGAAGAUUACACAGAUUUACAGUCAGCAAAUCACAUGAACAGUUCCCUGCUCUCUUUGUAUCGGAAAGGAAAUCCCGAUUCUGUUUCAAAUGUUCUCGAGACGGAGCAAAGAGAAACCACUGCUUCAGCACCAAGGAUAACUUCCAAAACAGGCUCUAUUCCUUUGAAGACCCCUGCCAGAGAGUCUGAGGGAGGAUUGUUUAUUGAAAAAACCCACGGUGGAAAGAAAGACCAUUUUUUCUUGGACCUUUCAAAUAAGAAAAGUAAUCAUAAGAAGCCAUUAUCUGAGAUACAGGAUUCAAAAGAUUCUUCUCUUCUGGAGAGAGAUAAAAAAAGCAAAGGCAGGCUAAAGAGCAAAGGAAGCAAAAAGAAGAAAAAAUAUCUUCAGGAAGUAGACAGAAAAAUAGAAGCUGUCCUCCAAAAGAAAGCCAAAUCUAGGAAGCUGGAAUUGCAGAACUCUACUGUGAAGUUUGAAGAUGUUGGAGGCAAUGAUGCAACAUUAAAAGAAGUCUGCAAGAUGCUCAUACACAUGCGGCACCCGGAGGUGUACCACCACCUGGGCGUCGUGCCCCCACGUGGAGUGCUCCUUCAUGGGCCGCCUGGCUGUGGGAAGACACUGCUGGCACAUGCAAUUGCAGGGGAACUUAACUUGCCUAUUCUGAAAGUGGCGGCCCCAGAGGUUGUGUCUGGCGUGUCUGGAGAGUCCGAGCAGAAGCUAAGAGAGCUGUUCACACAGGCCGUGUCAAAUGCACCUUGUAUUGUUUUCAUUGAUGAAAUUGAUGCCAUUACGCCCAAAAGAGAAGUUGCUUCAAAAGAUAUGGAACGAAGAAUUGUAGCCCAACUUCUAACCUGCAUGGAUGAUCUGAAUAACAUGCCUGCAACAGCUCAGGUCCUAGUAAUCGGAGCUACUAAUCGUCCAGACUCAUUAGACCCUGCUUUGAGACGGGCAGGAAGAUUCGACCGAGAAAUAUGCCUGGGUAUCCCAGAUGAAGCAUCCAGAGAAAGGAUACUUCAGACUUUGUGUAGAAAACUGAGACUUCCUGAAACCUUUAACUUCUGUCACUUAGCACACCUAACGCCUGGCUUUGUGGGUGCUGAUCUGAUGGCGCUCUGCCGGGAAGCUGCCAUGUGCGCCGUCAAUAGGGGCCUAAUGAAGCUUCAGCAACAGCAGCAGAAACAUCUGAAAACUGAAGUUGGCCAGGAGGAGCCACUGGGAACUGAGCCCACUUCUGCCACACAGGAUGAAUUACAGAGGCUGUUGGAAUUGCUAAGAGACCACACUCCCCUCUCAGAUGAGCAGAUGCAAGGACUGUGCAUUGAAUUGAAUGAUUUCACUGCUGCUCUGUCAUCAGUCCAGCCAUCUGCCAAAAGAGAAGGCUUUGUCACUGUCCCUAGUGUGACAUGGGCAGAUGUUGGUGCCCUGGAAGACAUAAGAGAAGAGCUCACCAUGGCAAUAUUGGCACCAGUUCGGAACCCAGACCAGUUCAAAGCUCUUGGGUUGAUGACUCCAGCUGGAGUCCUCCUUGCUGGUCCUCCUGGCUGUGGGAAAACUCUGCUGGCAAAGGCUGUGGCAAAUGAGUCUGGACUAAACUUUAUAUCUGUUAAGGGCCCUGAAUUACUAAAUAUGUAUGUUGGCGAGAGUGAACGUGCUGUGCGACAGGUUUUUCAGCGAGCCAAGAACUCAUCUCCCUGUGUGAUAUUCUUUGAUGAAGUGGAUGCUUUGUGUCCUCGGAGAUCCGACCGAGAGACAGGAGCUAGUGUGCGGGUGGUGAAUCAGCUGCUUACAGAGAUGGAUGGUCUGGAGACACGCCAGCAGGUUUUUAUCAUGGCAGCCACUAACCGGCCAGAUAUCAUUGACCCUGCCAUUCUGCGUCCAGGCCGGCUGGACAAAACACUCUUUGUGGGUUUACCACCCCCAGCAGAUCGCCUUGCCAUCUUAAAAACUAUCACAAAAAACGGGACCAAACCUCCACUGGAUGCAGAUGUGAGUUUGGAAACAGUUGCUAGUGACCUGCGUUGUGAUGGCUAUACGGGUGCAGACCUGUCUGCAUUGGUACGGGAAGCUUCUCUCUGUGCCCUGAGACAGGAAAUGGCAAGACAGAAGAGUGGAGAUGGGAAAGGUGAACUCAAGAUUGGUCAGAAGCACUUUGAAGAAGCUUUCAAGAAAGUGAAAUCAUCUAUAUCAAUAAAGGAUCAGAUGAUGUAUGAUGCUCUGCAGCGCUCCCUCACCCGGUGACGCUUCCGGCCCUCACGUGCUCAGCAGCUCACAGGCGUGGCCUCGCUCAGAAGUGCAUUUUCAAGUUAGUGAGGCCACCAGGGACUGAAGACUCUAUCCGUGUGAAAACAACCUAACUUCCUCUUUAAGAAAAAAGUUUUUUUAAACUGCUGAAAUAAAAUUUUUCAAGUAGAAUUUUUAUCGUGAGUGAUCUUAACCAUCCAGAAAAGUUACAAAGAGUUUUUCUCCGGAACCAUCUGAGAAUAAGCAGCUAGCUAACCUGAUGCUCCCCCACCCCCACCCCAUAUAUGUUAUUGUGUACUUCCUGCACACUAGAAGUCUCCCACCCACCCAGUCAUCAAAAAUCAGGAAGUUCAUACCGUUACGUUGCUGUCCUCAUAGUGUCCACUUUACAGUUAGUCAUUGCAAUUAGCUGCUGUGUCUCUUUGGUCUUGUUAAAGUCUGGAAUGGGUCCUCCAGCUUCCCUUGGACGUUCCAGGCCAGCUGCUUAGUUGAAUGCCUUGCAUGUGGAUUGCAAUGUUCCUCAAGAUUAGGCACAAGUACAGCAUCCUUAUCAGGAUUACCAGGAAGUAACGCCGUGUUCUCUGCAUUUUAUCAGCUGGUGUGAAAUUUCAGUUUGUCCCAGUAUUGUGAUAUUCACCUGAGCACUUGACUAAGAUGCUUCUGCCCGCCCUUUUUUUUUUUUUUUUUUUUUUGACAGGCAGAGUGGAUAGUGAGAGAGAGAGACAGAGAGAAAGGUCUUCCUUUUUGCCGUUGGUUCACCCUCCAAUGGCUGCUGUGGCCAGCGCAUUGCGCUGAUCCGAAGCCAGGAGCCAGGUGCUUCUCCUGGUCUCCCAUGCGGGUGCAGGGCCCAAGCACUUGGGCCAUCCUCCACUGCCUUCCCAGGCCAUAGCAGAGAGCUGGCCUAGAAGAGGAGCAACCGGGAUAGAAUCCGGUGCCCCAACCGGGACUAGAACCCGGUGUGCCUGCACCGCAAGGCAGAGGAUUAGCCUGUUAAGCCACGGCGCCGGCCUUCUGCCCGCCCUCUCACUCUGCAAAAUUACUCCUUUUUCCUUUGUUUUUUAAUUUAAGAACUGUUAUUUUCAUUUGUUUGAAAGGAAGAGAGACACGGACAGAUCUUCCCUAAAUCCACUCAAGAGGGAGGACUGGGCCAGGCAGAAACCAGGAGCCCAGAACUCAAUUCAGGUCUCCCUUGUGGGUGACAGGGACGCAAGUUCUUGAGCUAUCCCCUGCUCCCUUCCCUGGGUGUACAUUAGCAGGAAGCUGGAAUCAGAAGCAGAGCCAGGUGUCAAACCCAGCACUCCAAUGUGGGAUGCAAGUAUCCCAAGCCAUGUUUUAAACUGCACCAAAUAGCUGCCCCUUCUUCUUCCCUUUGUACUUCAUACAGUUUUUGUGGGAUCAUACUUUGAAAUUAGGUGAUGUUCUGUGCUUGAUCAAAUUCAAGUGUGAGGAUUAGUAUUCUUUCAAAGUGUUAUUAUUCUCGUCUGAUGUUUACAUUGUCACAAAUGUAGCCCUUUGUGCUGGCCUCUGUCUCUUUGACAGGUCCCUAGCUGGUACUUUCUGAGAGGGUUAAUUUGUGUCAUAUUCAAUGUCACAUCGUUGACAGGGUUGCUCACAAUAUAUGCUAAGACUGUGUAUAGAUGGGUCUGAUUACUGACUUAUCUUCCUAAAUUUUUACGCCAUCCCGUUCAAUAAAAAUGUUUAGGCCACUUCUAAUGUAAUUUAUGAAGUGGAGAAAAUACUAAUAAAUAAAGAAAAAGUUACAA